GCGAAAUUUCCCGACGCCGUCCAUACUUCCGUAACACGCUCACCAUUCCAACUUCACCCAAUUUCGACCCUCCACCCUCGAUAUUUCCUCCCCUCCCCUUGGAACAGGGCCAAUUGGCAACCGAUCGCCUCCUCGUGUAUCGCUAAUUGAUCGCUCGUUCCCUCUUAAAAAGCGUUCGCGCUAUAAACCGACCCAAUGUCUACCUCUUCAGGAGUCAACGUACUCCGGUACACGGCCCUCGGUUUAGGUGUUUUCUACGGUUUCACGCACCAGAGAUCGAUCAGCGCAGCGCAAAAAGCCGAAGCAGCGAAGAAGGAAUACCAGCACAAGCUGCGAUUAAUAGAGCAAGCCAAGACCGAAUAUGCGAAGUCCAAGAGCCCGGCUACAACACCAUCUGAGAAGAGCGGAUUGAACCAAGACCCGAUGGACCCCAAUUUCGAUCUGGAAGCCUACCUCACUGCCCUCGCGAAACAAAAUCCCUAGGAAUGGAUGUAAUAAUAUUACCGGACCCGCCGCGCGCGGAGUAUAAUAGAGUCUGAGGGAAAUAGAAAGGGGAAAAGGAGAAGAGAGUUAAGGGAGUGAACUCCGGUUGCUGAAGUUGGAUCGAGGUCGUCUUCUACUCUAAUGGUGGCGGCGGCUUUGCCAGGCUCUGUGUAUGAUUGCGAUGCGGUCCAAAAAACCAACACAUAGAUUUCCUUGGGUUUUCAACGCUGUACAUGUGUACAAUACCGAGAUUUAUGCUAACCUAGACAUUGGGAUGGCCAUAUCUGGCAUGACGUUCAUGGUAUGAUUUGAGAUGUUUUGAGAUGUUUUCCUUGAGUGAAAUUUUCGUCGGUUUCUUGACGUGUAUGAUUUCAGGUUUCUUUAUACCUGCCCAAAUGUCUAACAAAGAGGGAGUAAAGGAGUGUAGAGGAGCUUCUACAAUCUCAUAAUAUUAUAGCAUGAGCUUGUGGUCUUGGAUUGUGGUUGAGGUAAUAUUAGGAAGAGGAUGAACAGCCAGGCAUUGCGACUGGUGACUUGGCUCGAUUACAUAAUUUUUAAAUUUAUUAUACUCAAACUUUAUUAC